UCCUUUUUUAGCAAGCAAGAUGGAAACAUAUAAGUCUUGUUUGAAUAUUAAUAAAUAUUUGCUAUCUUCAAUUGGCUUAUGGCCAGAACAAACGAAAAUAGGAAAUUUUAUGAAAAAUUUAAUUUGGAUUAGUCUUUUUAGUUUUUUUUCUGCACAGGUUGCAGCUUUGGUAAAAUAUAGACGUGAUAUGGACAUGAUUAUUCAAACAUUACCACCCCUUUUUGCCAAUUCAAUCAGCAUUGCUUGUUUCGGGGCAUUUGCUAUUAAUCAGGACGUGAUUGCACUACUUUUAUCGAAAAUGGAAAAACAUUGGAUUCGUUGGACAGAAAAUUCUGAAGAAAUUGAAAUGAUUCGCAAAAAUGCUACAAUUGGAAAAAAAUUAAUAGUUAUUUUUAUAGUUGUUGCCUAUGGAGUUUCGUUUGAAUAUAUUUUUAUGCCACUUGUUCCUGUAUUUUUAGAUAUUAUCAAACCAUUAAAUGAAUCUCGACCAAAGAGAUUAAUGAUUGUUGCAUAUUAUUAUGUGAAUUCAAAUGAUUAUUAUUUUUGGAUAUCUCUACACGCUACCUAUUCAUGCGUUGCAUUUGUCACUGUUCUUUUGAGUAUUUAUGGAAUGUUCAUUGCUUUUAUUUAUCAUGCUUGUGGACAACUUGCAAUUUUAGGAUUCAAAUUGAAAACCCUUGUACAAAUGAAUCAUGAUCCAUUGAAUGAUGAUGAAGAAAUACUACAGGAAAUUAAAUUUUGCGUCAAAUUACACAAAUCAAUUAUAAUAUUUAUGAAUGAUGUUAAAAAAUGUUUUUCAACUCCCUAUUUUUUUGCAAUGGGUUUAAAUAUGUUAAUGAUGAGUUUUACAAUGAUACAGAUGAUUAUUAAUAUCCAUGAUCCAAGAGAAGUUAUUGCUUGUCUUUUUUAUACUUUUGGACAAAUGUUUAUGCUUUUAUGUCUAACGCUUCCUUGUCAGCGUUUAAUUGAUCUCAGCCUUCAAAUACCCAUUGAUAUACACAAUGGAUUUUGGUACAAAACGUCAUUAAGAUCACAAAAAAUGUUACUCAUAAUAAUUAUGCGAACCUCAAAUCCAUUGACAUUUACUGCUGGCAAAUUGUAUACUUUUUCGAUGGAAAAUUAUGGCGCUGUUGGUUGUUAAAACAUCUUUUUCUUAUUUAACUGUAUUGACGUCUGUUCGAGAAUAAUUUCAAUUUUAGUAAAAUAUUGUUAUCGAAGUGAAGAAUGUAAAUUAAAUUUUUAGUAUAAAAAUUUAUUACACUUUGUUCUCAUAUAUUUCUUCUGAUGCUGUAGAAGUAACAAAAAUAAUUUUUUUAUAGUUA